CAUAGCCCUGCACCUGCAGCAGCAGUAGCAGUCCACACCACCACAACCAGUCAGUCACACAAGAAUCAGGAUUGGCGCGGAGGGCGGCGGUGGGCAUGCCGUCGAGGAGCUGCGGGGAGAGGGCGUGAUGGCGGCGGUGAUGGACUACUUCAGGUCGUGCUGGGGCGCGCGGUCCCGGUCCGGACGGCGGGGCAAGAAGGGCUCGGACGCCGCCGGCCGGCAGGACGGGCUGCUGUGGUACAAGGACGCCGGGCAGGCGGCCACAGGCGAGUUCUCCAUGGCGGUGGUGCAGGCCAACAACCUGCUGGAGGACCAGAGCCAGGUGGAGUCCGGCUCGCUCUCCAUGGCCGACCCCGGCCCGCAGGGCACCUUCGUCGGCGUCUAUGAUGGCCAUGGCGGCCCGGAGACCUCCCGCUUCAUCAAUGACAACAUGUUCCACCAUCUCAGAAGAUUUGCAACCGAGCACAAGUGCAUGUCGGCCGAUGUGAUCCGGAAAGCCUUCCAAGCAACCGAGGACGGCUUCCUUUCCGUAGUCAGCAAGGAAUGGUCUGUGAAGCCUCAGAUCGCAGCAGUGGGCUCGUGUUGCCUGGUCGGUGUAAUUUGCUCCGGGACUCUCUACAUCGCAAACGCCGGCGACUCGCGUGCGGUUCUCGGACGGCUCGUCAAGGCGACCGGUCAGGUUGUGGCCAUGCAGUUAUCGGCGGAGCACAAUGCGUGCUACGAGGAAGUUAGGCAGGAGCUACAGUCAUCACACCCUCAUGAUCCACAAAUUGUGGUUCUAAAACACAACGUUUGGCGUGUGAAGGGCCUCAUCCAGAUCUCAAGAUCUAUCGGAGAUGUAUAUCUGAAAAGACCAGAGUACAACAGAACACCUCUACAUAGCAAGUUUCGGCUCCGGGAAACCUUCAAGAAGCCAAUUCUUAGUUCUGAGCCUGCAAUCGCUGUACACCAAAUACAACCGAGUGAUCAGUUUGUUAUAUUUGCUUCUGACGGGCUAUGGGAGCACCUCAGCAAUCAGGAAGCGGUUGACCUUGUCCAAACUAACCCUCGUAAUGGGAUCGCUCGGAAGCUAGUGAAAGCCGCGAUGCAAGAAGCGGCCAAGAAGAGGGAGAUGAGAUACUCGGACCUGAAGAAGAUCGAGCGCGGGGUGAGGCGGCAUUUCCACGACGACAUAACGGUGGUCGUGGUGUUCCUGGACGCGAGCGCCGUGAGCAGGGCGGGGUGGAGCAAGAGCCCGUCGGUGUCGGUGCGAGGGGGCGGCGUGAGCGUCCCCGCCAACUCCCUCGCGCCUUUCUCGGCCCCCACCAUGGUGAGCAGCACCUACUGAAAGAGAAUCCGGCGUGCCCGCCGAGAGGAGAAACUUUAUGAGCAGAGAGUGUUCCUGCUGCUGUGAAACUGCUCACCCGGGUAAUUAAACUAGCGUACUGAUAGCAAGGUAUAAGGUUAGAUCACCACCGUUCCUUAGCGACGCUUUUCGCCCCCCCUCCUCCCCUUUGUUCUUUUAUCUACCCUUUUUCUUUUCUCCAAUGAGAGAGGAGAACAAGGUGGCUGUAAAUUUGUCCAGAACAUCGUCGUCGUCUCUUUUCGCAAUAGUCCAUCUCCUUUUUCCGCCGUCGAAAA